GAGUCGCGCUGGCGUAUUUACAAGGCUGCGGCCGCCGCGCGGGGAGCUUGACGAUCCUGCCGUAGCGGCGCGGCGGUAGGUCCGCAUACCGCGCAUUCCGGCGUAAUGCUCGAGCGCACGCGGGCGAGGGUGGGGGCGUAAGGCGGGACAGUGGCGCGGGUGAAAGAGGGACGGAGUGGGGAGGGAUGAGGACGAAUAGCCGAGGCUGCCUGUCGUGUCAAACGGGCCGUGCCGCGCGCGCGCGUCCACCCGCCCGCAUACCAUUAGAUUUUCGUGGUUUUCAAUGGGUGCGGCGCACAGUCUCGCGGGGGUUUCGCGGAGCGACGUCGGGAGCGACGAGCCGCGGAGCGCCUUGAUUUUGCAACGUAGAAGCGCAGACGGGCCAAGGACGACGUAUCCUUGGCAGAAAAACGACAACGAGGAAGGGGAUAUCUUCUGUGAAAAGAAGAUUUAAGGAUCCACGAAGCAUUGUAAGGGUGCGCGCGAAUUUCGUGCGAGGGUGGCACGCGAGGGGAGGAGAAUAGAGGAAAAAGAAAAGAAAGUUCGAACGGACGAAACGAACGAAAGAAGAUAUGUCUGCCGUCGAGAGUGCCUUGGACGUCCUUUCCAGAGCAGCGACAAUGAUGCAAGAGGAGAGAUCGAAGGUGACGAAUCUGCAUCGAAAACCAAGCAGCGCCUGGCGUAAGGACCGUAGGAGAGAUCCGAUUCAGAGCGAAGCGUUGGACAUGUCGAGAACGAAUCAUCAUCACAAUCGACCGAGCGUAAUCGUUCCUCCUACGACGCAAGUUGGUAUCACAAUCGAGGACUCUACUAUGACGUCGACAACAACGUCUACCACGGCGUCAGGCGGACAGAGAACCAUUAUAAGGACGACGGGUGGCGUCUACGUUAGUGAUCCCGCAAUCGAUGAGCAUUUCAAGCGGUCUCUGGGUCCGAAAAAGUACGCGGCCGUCUUCAACGCCACUACUACGGACAAGGAAACUGGAUUGAGUGUUGACGAUCACUUUGCGAAAGCACUCGGCGAAACCUGGACGAGGCUUCAGGCAGUCAAUCGAACUAAGGAGUCCUAACCACCGGAUAGAUUUGCCAGAAAUCUUGUCAUCCUAUUCGUCAUCGUCCUCGUUGUCCUCAUCGUCGCUUGACGAUUGUGGUAACCCACUCGGGUGAAAUCGUUCCGCUAAAGAUACAUUAAUGAUAAGUCGUAAUCAAUAAGAAUUAGCUGAAUUCGCGACUAUAUUCGAGGAACCUGCGUCCAAGUAAAACUACAAUUAGAGGAUAAAUAAAGGAAAUGAACGCACACGUUAGGAUACAAUUUCAUAAAAGGAUCUUCAAACUGG